AUGGCCAGUACGUAUGUUGAGAGUUUCAAUCAGCUUAUUCCUGUAGGAGAACAUAUUGAGAUGGGGAUAAGGGAAGGAUGGUUUUCCGAGCCAUCUACUAAAAGGUUCUCUGCCAAGAAGGAGAAGGAAGCGGCCGUGGAUGUGAACGUGGCUUAUAGCCAAGAAAAUGCCAAACGUGCCCCGACUAUACAGGUGAACCCAAGACAGCAACAACCUGCUGGUCGUCAAUCAUUUGCCCAAGCGAAUAAUAGAAGGCAGUUCUCCCCUCUCCCUGGAUCUCCAUCCCAAGUGCUGACAGUCCUCCGAAAGAAGGAUUUGCUUACUAGUGAACCAAAGCGCCCAAACCGUGAAGGCAUUCGUGGUUAUGACCCAACGAAGAAGUGUGACUACCAUAACGAGCAUGAGGGUACAGUGAAUGCUAUCCUGGAACCUGAAGUUAGAUGGAUCAGGAAUUCAAAGGUGCACGUGGCAGAUGCCUACAACGGACUAGUGAGAGCUGGGUAUUACCGAGGUCAGGAAGAUGUCCCUCUAUCGGUAAUGAGAGAAAGAAUUGCCAAAAUGGUGGAUGAUGGCAUUAUUGUGUAUGCUGAUCAUAACUGCAUAGUUUCUACUAUCUCCCACCUCAUCAUCGAUUGUGAGGAGGAGCAGGUUACACUUGAUGCUGACGAGAAAGAGGUUGAUCCUUCGCUUGUAGACAUGCCCCCAUUAGAGGAUGCGUCUGACGAAGAGAUAGUGAUAGAGGUGCCUCAGCCGUAUGAGUAUGUCAAUAAUAAGGCAGUGCCUUGGUCCUAUGACCUGGAUGUGGACCUUGUUACAAGGUCUGGACGGACCUAUGGUCAAGCCAGUACUCAACCUGUAAAGCCGGUCACCGAUGAAGAGGCUAAGGAGUUUUUGGCCGUAAUCAAAGCAAGCGAGUAUAACGUGGUUGACCAAUUACGAAAGAUGCCCGCUCAGAUCUCCCUACUCGAGCUCUUGAUGACGUCCCUCGUGCAUCAAAAGUCACUAAUGAAGGUGUUGAGUGAAAUUCGUGUGCCAGAGAUCGUGGAAGCUGACAAGCUGGAAGAAUUCGUGGGAUCGGUACUUCUCAAGGAUUUGAUUGCCUUCUCUGAUGAGGAAUUCCCUCUCGAAGGCAGGGGACAUAACAAAGCACUCUACAUAUCCGUUAAGCACAAGUCUUCUCAUAUGUCUCGAGUGCUCAUCGAUAAUGGGUCCGCUCUGAACAUUUGUCCAUUGGCCACUCUUCACCGCCUUAAGGUAGACCCGUCAAGGAUACAUGCCGCGAAGACUUCGGUGCGAGCUUUCGAUGGAACAAAAAAGGAGGUGAUCGGGGAAAUCCAUCUCGAUGUCCAAAUAGGGCCGGUCGUCUUCAACAUUCCUUUCCAAGUACUGGACAUCCCUACUGCAUUCAAUUUCUUGUUGGGUCGUCCCUGGAUACACACUGCUGGAGCAGUACCUUCAAGUCUACAUCAAGCUGUGAAAUUUGUGAUCGAAAGGAAGUUGGUCACCGUGUAUGUAUCAGAUGCUACUCUCAUGGUGGGAAGAGUAAUGGUCGGGAAUGGUUUCGUCCCUAGCAAUGAUCUUGGGAGAAAUGGUCAGGGCAUUCGAAGCCCCAUUGAAGCCCCUCAAAGGUCCCGUUCUGCUGGUUUAGGGUACCAUGGACGAGGUGGAGGAAGUUCUGAAGGACGAAGACAAGAGAGGCGGAGUUCGCCACCUGACCAAGGGCGAGAGAGGCAAAACCCACUACCCCCGAGCAUUCACGAGACAUUCCCUGGUCCUCCAAGAAUGAUGCAUGAAGAAGCGGAAGUAAUAGACACUUUGGGGCAGCCUAGUGGCAAGUUUGAUUACCUGGUGAAGUAUUCAACCCCUCCUAACUACUACAUUGAUCCUAGUAAGUUAGUCCCAGAUGGAUGGGGUGGCAUGGAUGAUCCGACACCCCCGAAAGCAGAGAACCCUAAUGAUGAGCUGGAAGGAGUUGCAAGCUUAUUCGACAACCUCAUCAUAGGAGCCAUUAAUGAAGCACCCCCUGAAGAGAUGGGCCUUAGCCCACAAGAGUAA